AUGCCUCUGCGCGUGACAAGAAAAGUCGCAUAUGAUCGCACUUCCCUCUACCUUCCCCACGAGACCUUUCGCCUCUGCCAUCCCGAUCGUUGUUUCUGCAACAGCACUCAUCGCCACCGCACAUCCAAGUACAUGUACGUUGAGCAAGGCGGUGACGGACGAGAGCGAUAUCGAGACCCUGUGGAUAUGAUGCAGGAGUUUAUGGGAAACGGAAACGGAGGCGGUGGGUUUGGAGUACCGUGGAAGCCGGCGGGAGAGUGGACGGCGAGAGACUAUGAACGACUGGGAGAGAUUUUGAGGGAAUAUACCGUGAGGGAGAGAGGAAGACAAAUGGGAGGCGGCGGAGGAGGAGGUGGAGGUCGGAAUGCAGGGUUUCAGCCUGGAAUGAUGCCUUGGGACAAUUUUAAAAACCAUUCUGCCUACGGAGGCGGCGGCGGUGGAGGAGGAGGAGGAGGAGGAGGAGGAGGUGGAGGGGGGAGAAGACGCCGGACAUACCCUUCGUGGGGCGACAUCGAGCGUAUGCAGGAGAGUGUGGAAGAGAAGUUCCGCCGAAUGGCCGAGGAAUAUCAACGACACAUGGCGCAGCAAGAUGCGAUGCUGUUUGGGUCGAACGAGGAGCGUAGGAGGGAGCAGUAUCAGAAGAACAUGCUCAAGACGCUGCAAGAGAUCAUGCCUCAGCUGAGUCAGAUGAUCGCCCAGCAACAGAUGAUGGCAAGCAUGGGUGGUGGUGGCGGUGGGAUGAUGCCGCCGAUGGCGAUGCCCAUAGGUGGUGGUAUGCCGGGCGGGAUGGGUAUGGGAAUGCCUCAAGUAGGCAUGGGUGGUAUGCCAGGCAUGAUGAAUCCGAUGGCACCAGCUGGUAUGGGUGGAUUCGGAGGUAUGGCACCGCAGGCAAGUCCAAUGAUGGGAGGCGGGGGAAUGAACGGCAUGGGUGGUGGUGGUGGUUUUGGGCGGAGAGGACGAGCACGGAGAGGUCGUUUCGCUCAUCAAUCUGAUUUCGAUGGUGAUUCUGAAGAUUAUGGCGGCGGCAGAGGUGGAAGACAUUUUCGACAGAGGCCAAGACGAUGGGAGGACGACGACGACGACAUGCUCGGCGGACUUGGUGGCGAUGGCGGCUUUUCUCCUAGAGGCCCUCGAGGCGGUCUUCGACCAAGACGUCCGGAUGGAGGCCUUGGUGGUGGUGGCGGAGGUAUGACAGAACAGGAUGUGAUCGAGACUAUGCGACAACGAGUCCCUAACCACAAUGCACAACCGCCUGUCGUGCCACAAGGAGGCCUCUCUACACACGCAGGCCUUGCUCGUUCUCCUGAGAUGGUUGACUUGCCGUCAACCAUGCCGCACGGAGCUGUUUCACCUCCUGCUGCAACGAUGCAAAGUCCACCGCCUCACAUCCCGCUAUGGACGCAUACUGCGGACAGACUGCCUACCAGAGAUGCCGACACACACACGGCAUCCCUGAGAGUGCCUCUUAGUUCUGUCCGACUCCGCUGCUUGCCAUGGGAUCGCAUCACGCUGGUCCAGGACUGCGCAUCAGUGCAGCUGCUGCGUCACGGUAUUCUGCAAGUCGGACUGCAUUCGACGAUUGGCGAGGUUUGUGCCGAAGACUGUGCCGAAAUACCUUUCUCAAUCCAAACUUCGUGUACGACCUAUAUGUCUUCCCACGUUCGCAUCGCGAGGGUGGUGCAUCGGAUAAGAGCUCAUCGGCGCACUGAAUGCAUCGAUCGCCUCUCUCCACACGCCGGCACUAUCGUCUAUCCUCUCGCUUUGAUUGGAUGUCCCGAGAUGUCAGAAGAUAGCUCCGACCUCCAGGCCUGCUGCAAGUCAGACGGAGAAGUGGAUAAGGUACUGUGUCUCGGGGAGUUGAAGAUUUUUGCGAUUAUGGAACAAACGGGAAACGUCGCCUCAAGCGCCGACUUAAUCUGGAUCACAUCGCCCUUGUUCAUCCCCAUGUUGAGUGCUCCACCGCCAUGCAUCGCGACCAAGCAGCUCAUGUACUCGAUGAAGUACACCGGUGAGAAGGCCGUUGCGGUCCAUGCUGCGAGUGCCACGUCGUGGACACGCGAGAGUGUGCCACGAGGCACCGUGCUCGACCAGAAUAUCGAGCACCCAGCGCUACAGCAAGCCACGACUCCACGAGGCUGGUCUCCGCACAAAGAUCUCGAAUACGAGAUGGUUGCUGCUUCAUUUACCUCCCUAUCUCUGGUUCCGGCGCGAAGUCUGGGCGAGGCAGACGAUCGUGCAUAA